GAGAGAGGAAAGGAGAGAGAGGGAGGGUGUGAGAGAGGAGAAGGAGGGAGGAGAAGGAGGGAAGAAAAAAAAAAAAAAGAAGCCAACUCAUCUGACACAAACAGUGGGCCAAAGAAAGGGGAAGAGCAGCAGCAGCACUGUCCAGAACGAGUGGAAAAUCAAAGUUGGAGAAGACGAGGAGGAGUGUAAAGAAGACAAGACGGAGAGAGAGAAAGAGCCUCGGAGUCUGCACAAAGAUUGAACUGGAAAAAAAAGUUUGAAACUGCCCAACAAAAGAAGAAAAAGGGGGUUGAAGCAGAGAGGGCCCCAACUUUUAGAGAGAGAACAGGAUGUCAACGCUACCAUCAGAAAGCAGCAUUGAAGAUGCCAGCAAUCGCAGCUUCUGGAUGCCUGGGAACUACCAGCCCACUGUGAAGCGAACUGAAGAUGCCUUCCAGGCCUGUAAUGACAUAGUGGCGUGUUUCCAAGAGAGAGCUCGCGUGGAGAGGCAGUACGCCCAGCAGCUCAGUGAAUGGAGCAACAAGUGGAAGCCAGUAGUGGACACCAGUCCUCUAUACGGAUCUCUUCUGAAGGCUUGGCAGUGUUUUCUGUCCUCUGCUGACCGGCUGGCCUCCUUACACGCCUCCAUCUGUCGCUCCCUGGUGUCGGAGGAUGGAGACCGGGUCAGGACCUGGCAGAAGGACACCUUCCACAAGAAGUUAUUUGGAGGCUUCAAGGAGACCCAGGACACUGAGACAGGCUUUACACGUGCUCAGAAGCCGUGGGCCAAGCGACUUAAAAAGCUGGAUAAAGCCAGGAGGGCGUACCACAAAGUGAGCCGUAAGGAGCAGGCAGCCAGGGAGCGAGAGCUACACGCUCAGGGAAACCCGGACGUCGCCAUCGACAAACAGAAGAAGAUCCUGGAGGAGAGAGAGCUGGCUCAACAGGAGGCCGAGAAGGUUCGUGCACGCUAUGAGAAAGUCCUUGAGGAGGUGAACCGCUACGCUCCACGCUACAUGGAGGAGAUGGAGUCCAUCUUUGACCAAUCGCAGGACGAGGAGCGCAAGAGGAUUGUCUUCCUCAAACAGGCCUUUCUCUCCAUCCACAAACACCUGGAUAUUACAAACAAUGAGAGUGUGAGGGCCGUGUACAAUGAGCUCCACAACACACUGAUGGCCAUCGAUGAGCAUGAGGACCUUCGCUGGUGGAAAAACACCUACGGGCCCGGCAUGCCCACCGACUGGCCUCACUUCCAGGAAUGGACGCCCGAGAAGAAAACCAAAAAAGGGAAGAAAGAAGGAGAAAAGAAAGGAACAAUAGAGAGGAAUGUGAUGAUUGGAGGAGUGAGAGUAAGAGCUAUGUAUGACUAUGCUGGACAGGAGACAGAUGAGCUGUCAUUUAAAGCAGGUGAGGAGUUUUUGAAGAUUGAGGAUGAGGAUGAUCAGGGCUGGUGUCGGGGGAUGAAGGACGGCGGGAGUGAGGGGCUUUACCCAGCCAACUAUGUCGAGGUGGUGUAGUUAACACAUCUAGACUGAAAAUGAAAGAUCUUGCCACAUCACAUGCUUCGUUUCACUGUGGAAGUCACAAUCUGGUGUUACGUCUAAAUGUCAGAAAUAUAAAACCAAUGCUGUAAAGAAAAACACCAAGUUGCUAUUAGCCAAAGAUCUGGUCUUUGAUGAGAGUAUUAUCACACUUAAGAGGAUAUUUUAGCAAACAGAGAUUUUUAAAAACUAUCCAGGUUGUGUAAUCUCUUGAAGGAUUUUGAGAAAUGUUUUAAUAUAUACAGUAUGCAUAGACCACUUGUACCGAAGCCAUAUGAUAAACCAUUCUUUAAUGUAAAAAAGUGCUCUUAAGAUAUACUAUAUAGCUAUAGCCAUCUGGUGCUGAAAUUACAUUACAGGACUGUUAUUUUCCUUGAGCUGUUUUUAUUUCUUUGCACCUCAACACAUUGCUAUUAAAAUGCUCACAAAGCCUCUCAACCAUAUGAAGAAAGUGACGCUAAUACUGUGAUUUUAAUGAAUCAAAGCAGCAAAGCACAAGUGGAGUCAGCUUGAUAAAAGUAGAUAGCUAUUUGACCUGUAUUUCUCUUCUGUUUUUGUGGUUUAAAGGAACAGUUCAACAUGUUUAGGAAUAUGGUUGUUUGCUGUCAAAUACACAGUGGGAUGGGAAGAUUGAUAUUAGUUUAAUCUCUGUGUGUCUGUUACAGGGGAAAUGUUAGCCUAGCAGCAUCAACACACAUUCCAGGAACUCCAGUGCUGUCUUAUUUUGUAUCUUCUUUACUUAAAGAUGAAGAUGACACUCAUGUGAAAGGUUGGACAUUUAGUGAUGUACCCGAGAAAUAUCACCCAGCUCUGCUGGAGCUUCAUAGGCAACCCGUUCACUCCCAACUCAUCAAAUAUCUUGGUCAGAAGCAGUGCUUGAAAUGGAAAAAAAGGGCCGGUACUCCCCUUAUGCAUGUGUUGCCGUGUAUAUAUCCCCAGUAUCAUCAAAAGUUAUUAUAUUCUGAAGUGAAUAAAAGAUACUAGGAGUGGGAGGGGAGGAUGGACGAGUAAAUCUACGUUGGAAGUAUAUUUUGAAAGGAGACUGCAUGUAUGUUAAGAGCAGAAACUGAACGAUUCCUGGGAAUACAGAAGUUUAUUUUGAAAAGACACUAUGCAUGUAACGAGCUGAGAUGGACACUUCUUCUAUAGGAUAUUUCAGUCCUUUCUUUUGGUUUUUGAGCCCGCAAACCUUUUGGUUCACUCUCACCGCUCUGAUCAGUGUCGUUUUCAGCAUUGGAGUUCAGCAUACUUUGGGGCGGCUAAGGGCUCAGGAGGAAGAGGAAGUGUGGUUCAAUCCCACACCAAACCUCAAAAUUGCUCUAGAUAGUCAGGCCAGCGCCUCGCACGGUGUCUCCAUCACCAUCAAGCUGUGUGAAUGAUUGGCAAAUUGAAAAGCAUUCUGCCCACUAACGUAGAAAAGUGCAGUCUAUUUAUAAUUUUUUUGAAGCGAGGCUACGGGUUUCUCCCUAUUUCCAGUCUUUGUACUAAGCCAGGAACCAUUAUCUACGAACAUCUAAAGGCCAAAAUGAUCUUAAUCAUGGAAUCAUCUUAGCAUCAAGAUGCUUUCGACAACAGGGCCCAGGUCUAAACACGUCCCAGACGUAAAGGUACCUCAGCACAGAAUGUUCAGAGAUGAAACUGAUAUUGCUCUUCUUCAUCACAUUCUCAGUUUGACACCAAACACUCAGAUUUCUCAGUAUGACUGUUACUUUAAGAUAAGUCUUGGGGAACAAAUAGUUUUCCUGUCUGUCUGUAAUCAUCUGUUGCUAUGCUGUACUGUAUGUAUGACGCUUAUCAUGGAGAGCAUCUUUACCAAAGUAAGGAAACUGCUGGGUUUGCCUUCCUCUUGUCUUUAGCCUUUUUCAGUAUCUGUGUAUGUGCUGUGUGUCUUGUAAAAACUAUGCAUUUGCAACUGCCUGUCUUUUGGAAAUAAAAUGUUUAACUGUUACA